CUUCGCCGCCGUUUGUUCAUCCUCCUCGCCGCUACGUUCUCUCACUCAAAAUCGUACAUCCUAAUAAUUCUGAAAAGCUGAAAGCAAAACAAUGGGAUUACCAGAUUCAUCUCAAGACUUGUCAUCAGAGAUGGAAGUUGAUGCUUUUAGAAAGAUCUUUCCUCUUCGUUUCUUCGAGCGUCAUCUCUCUGAAUCUCUCCGACCUGAUGGUAGACCUCUUGGAAAAGCCAGAGACACCAUUGUUAACCUUGGACUUGUUUCUUCUGCCGAUGGAUCUGCUCUUGCCAAGAUUGGCUACACAACUAUGCUUGCUGCUAUUAGAAUGGAAGUUAUGACCCCUUCUACAGAUUCACCAGACGAAGGAUGCAUAGCUGUUGAAUUCCACAUGCCUCCUAUAUGUUCUCCAACUGUUCGGCCUGGAAGACCAGCUGAUGCUGCUCCGGUUAUUUCAAAGCGUUUGUUGGAUACUAUUUCAAGUUGUAAUAUGAUUGAUCUUAAAGAACUGUGCCUAGUUAGUGGUAAAGCUGCUUGGAUGGGGUAUCUUGACAUUUAUUGUCUGGAUGCUGAUGGUGCUCUUUUUGAUGCUGCUCUGCUUUCUGCUGUUGCAGCCUUUUCGAAUUUGCAAAUUCCAGUUGUUGCUCUGAACGACAAUGGAAGAAUAGUUGCCAUCACUGGUGAAGAAAAGCAAGACAAUGCAUCAAUCACUGAGAAGGAAGCAGUGAACAAGGAGAGGAGAAAACUCACGCUUAAGAACAUCCCUUUCUCUUUAACUUGCAUACUCCACAAGAACUACAUUUUAGCAGACCCAACAGCUGAAGAAGAAUCGAUCAUGGACACUCUCGUGACUGUUGUUUUAGACUCCUCAGAUCAGAUUGUUUCUUUCAAUAAAUCAGGAGGAAACGCUCUCGCUCAUACAUCAGCCAUCAAGAGCUGUGUUGAGUUAGCAAAGAAGAGAGGAAAUGAGCUUAAGCAGAUAUUGGGAGAGAUGGAUGUUGACUGAUUAAAUCAUAUGGAAAUGUGAAUCAUUCCAUUAACAUUAUGAAAUUUUGUGAGUUACAUAAUUUAAUUAGAGACCCACCAAGAACCGGUCUAUUGCUAAACCGGUAUGACCAGAGAAAGCUCUUCACCAUUUUUGUUUCAAUGUGUCACGGUUUUGGUGAUCAUAUGACGAGGUUUUGAUGGAAGUUGUAAGUGUGCGAGUAUA